CGGAUGGAUGACUUCAAAUGUCCAGCAUAUGAGGCUGAAGCGCUGAAGUCAUUGGUGCAACACUUCACAGGACACAAGAACUCCAAAUGGCUGCUUUGGAGGAAGUAUGAAGGAAGUAAACAUCUCUUGGCCGUGAUGUGGCACAUCCCAAAUACACAACAGCAGGUAGCCAGAGAAUAUUCCAAGAGAGUGUACCAGGGCGUUCGAGUCAAGCACACAGUCAAAGACCUGUUGGCGGAGAAGCGAUCCCGACAGACCACCGGGCCUCGAUACAGUGGGGAUCCAUUAAGUCCACCUUCUCUAGUCCACCUGUCAGGAUCUCAUAUUUUGCCAAACUACUACGGGAUGAGACGUCCCUUCAUGUCAGACGCAGACUUGAGUCCAUCCACCAAGCAGUUCUCCGAGCCAGGCUACCAGUCCUGGAGCUUCAUGGACAGCUACUACCCCGACACCUUCAACGAUCAGCGCACCUUCUCCACCUCUGGAGGAUCCUUCCUGCCUUCUUCACUGAUGCCUCCCUUGGCUGGAGAGUCCUCCCACUUCUACCUGAGAGACUCGUGGGAGCAGUCGGAUCCUGAGGCGGUUCCUCCAGCAGAGGCUCUGUGUCCAGACAACAUCAGCGUUCCAGAAGUUCAGACGUCCUCUGUGGUCCCGGGGUCCUACACGCUGCACCCCCUGGAGGACAACCACUACCACCUUCUAACCUCCAGCAGCUCCUACAUGGCGGACGGCGUGGGCUCCAAGAUGGCCACAGAGGAGGCCGACGCUUCCUGGGACAAGCAAGAUGAAAGCUCCUGGUCGUCCUAUGAACUCAGAAGAGCUUACUGAGUGCUUGGAGACCACACUUUGAAGACCAUUCUUGUUUUCACCAUCCAGAAGAAGAACAUCCCUCUCAGUCUCCUCCUCUAGGAAGAUCCAAAUAUUUAACAAGUCUUUUUUCACCAUCCAGAAGAAGAACAUCCCUCUCAGUCUCCUCCUCUAGGAAGAUCCAAAUAUUUAACAAGUCUUUUUUCACCAUCCAGAAGAAGAACAUCCCUCUCAGUCUCCUCCUCUAGGAAGAUCCAAAUAUUUAACAAGUCUUUUUUCACCAUCCAGAAGAAGAACAUCCCUCUCAGUC